AUAUAAGCAGGGGGCAGCGAGCUGAAGGACACGCGGCUUAACAUACAACUGGAGCAACAAAAAGCAGCAAGAAGGAGAAAAACCCUCGUAGUGUCAAAAGCACCAGUGAACAUUUUCCAGACAAGAGUUCCGUCAAGCAACAAUGGACCAAGCAAGGUCAACAAUAACUAAAAUUUUUAAUGGAGAACCACAUUCGUAUACACGUUUCAACUUGACCCAGAACAUGGAAGGUGACAACAGUCAAGUGGAGAUGAAGCUUUCAGCUGACACGGAUGAAGAAGUCGGCGGAAAUGGGGUGGGCGCCCACCUCAACCAUAAUUCCAACCACAAAUCCUACAUGACUUCAAAAUUUGGACGCACGCCGAAGAACCUUUGCUUUAUCAUCGCUACUGUCCUCCUCAUCUUUAUCAUCGGGUACUUGAUUGGCUUCUUGGUCCACCGCAAAAGAGAUGCGCCUGUCAGCUGUCAAGCCUCCGUGGAAUUGCUCAAUGAGCCCGUCUUUCACGACACGGGAGCAGCCCCCCCCAUGGCCUGGAAUGACGUCAAGAAAGCAUUUGCCCAGAAAUUGAGUGCGUCCAACUUCCAACUUGCCUUCAGCGAGUUCUCAAGUGACAGCCAUCGGGCUGGUUCCCCAGGCGAUGAUGCUUUGGCCGACAAGGUGAUCAAGAAGUUUCAAGAGUACGGCAUGAAAACCUGGACCGACGAGCACUUCAUUAAAGUUCACGAUCGCCCGCUUUCCGGCUCCAACAAAGUUAUUUUCAAGGAUGGCAAAGAACAGCGUCCAGAAGGUUUUCUGUCCUACAGUGCUAAUGGAAUUGCAAAGGGAGCUGUCCUGUAUGCCUCCUAUGGACAGGAAAGCGACUUCAGAUUGCUGCGGGACAGAAACAUCAACAUGAGCGGCAGAGUGAUGUUGAUCCGAGCAGGAAAGAUCAGCUUUGCGGAAAAGGUGGCCAAUGCUGCCAAAAUGUUGGCCUCUGCCGUACUGAUCUACCAAGACCCGGCUGAUCAUCCUUCUGAAGGGACCACUCAGCUCUUUGGACAUGUGCAUUUAGGUUCAGGGGAUCCCUACACCCCUGGCUUCCCCUCGUUUAAUCACACCCAGUUUCCACCCAGCAAGUCGUCAGGUCUGCCAAGUAUCUUGGCUCAAACCAUCACAGCACGUAUGGCCGCCAGCAUUCUCGAACAGUUGGAAGGUCAGAAUGCACCAGAAGACUGGGGCGUUUACAACAAACUUGGUAGUGAGAAUGACGUCAUCACUGUGGAGGUGAACAACGUUCUCUCUGAGAAAAAGAUCCACAACAUCUUUGGCGUCAUCGAAGGCUUUGUGGACGCGGAUCGAUAUAUGGUUAUCGGUGCCCAGAGGGAUGCCUGGGGUCCGGGUUUUGCUGCAUCCACCGUCGGCACCGGGGUUCUGGUAGAAAUGGCUCGUUCAAUCUCGGCCAUGCUGCAAAAGGACCGGUUCAAGCCCAGGAGGAGCAUUGUGUUUGCGAGUUGGAGUGCGGGAGAAUAUGGGAGCGUUGGCGCCACCGAAUGGCUGGAGGGCUAUCUUUCUUCUCUUAGCAUGAAAGCCUUCUCUUACAUCAACCUUGACGGCAUUAUAGCAGGUCACAAUGGUUUUAAAGUGGCAGCAAGUCCUAUGAUGUAUGGCUUGAUUGAACGCACUCUCAAAGAGGUGGGCAUCCAGAAUCAGGACGUGUCCCUCUUCACUCAAUUUGGAAAGGGCAAGUGGGAAUCCAACGUGUUGGAACCUCUGAAGCUGGAUAAUGCCGCUUAUCCUUUCAUUGCCUUUACGGGCAUCCCGUCCCUGUCGUUUCAAUUCACUUCUGGCAAUUUAGAUUAUUCCUAUUUUGGCACGUUGCUGGAUACCGAGGCAAAGCUGAUCACUGCCACGUCCAACCAGCAUCUGCAGCUGGCUGAAGCUGCUGCCAAGUUUGCAGGCCACAUCAUGCUGAGGUUGGUCCAUGACCAUCUGCUGCAGAUGGACCUGUCAAAGUAUGACAAGAUUAUUCGGAUUCACGUGUCUCAGAUCAACAGGAAAGUCAACACUGUACAGAGGAUGCAACCUAAUCGGGUGCCCACAUCGGUGGAGUGGUUGAUGUCAGCCUCCGGCUCUUACAGUCGAGCCUCUCGUAACCUGAUGAGAAGUAUCCAAAACAGUGACUUGAGCAACAUCGAGAUGUGCCGCAUCUACAACGACCGCAUCAUGUCGGUGGAGAGGAACUUGCUGUCAGCAUACGUGUCUGCCAGAGAAAGUCCUUUCCGUCACAUCCUGCUCGGCUCUGGUCCGCAUACACUCAAAGGGCUGUCCAACCACCUUGACGCCCUCAGGACAGACAGCCCGGAAGCCGAUGUCGACCAGUUCCGCAACCAGUUUGCCUUGGCCACCUGGACAAUUCAGGGUUGUGCCACUGCGUUGGCGGGUGACAUGUGGUCGAUUGAUAAUGAAAUCUAAAUUAUUUUCACCCCGUGCUCUUCCCUUAGCAACGAUGAUAAUAAUAAUAAGUGUAAUAAUAAUUCUAUUUGAUCAUCUAUACCAGUUAUAAGCCGCCUCAUCUCCCUUAGCGUUCUACUUAAAAUCACACAACUUUUCACAUCAACACAGUUUUGUUUUUUUUUCUUGUACGUUUUCUUCCUUUGAAAGACAUUUUGAAAAUGCGGUGCUUAAUUGAUCACAUUUGAUUACUUUGGUGCUACAGUAACCACCUCCGACGACUAAUGUUGCUUGAUGGUAUUGCCGAAAGUCAGGACGCCAGUACCCGGACUCAAACUUGCAAAAAAAAAAAAAAAAAAUAUGGGCAGCAUUUCUUUCCAAUCUACAGUAGUAAGUGUUUAGCGUUUAUUUAAAUAUCAUAACUGAAAAGCAGUAACACGCCGUUCAAACCUCUGAGUAACUAUAUUUACUGUAGUUGUUACUGUGCAGAAAUAUGCAUCAUUAAGAUCAAUCAUUAAGAAUAAACCGAAACAACAUGAGACAAAAUUUGAAAAGUCCGAAAAAUUACAAUUUUUACAAUUAAGCAAAAAAAAAAAGAAAAAAGGGAGAUGGUAUUUUACCAGGUGGCCGUGAAACCGAAGUCUAUUUAUUGUGUUUCUUAGUUAUCAGUGACAGGGUUCACGACAAAUAUUUUUUAAUUGCCUUUUAUAAAAAAAAAAAAACGUGUAAUUAUCGGGAGCAGUGCCUUCCAUAAUUAUGACAGUUAUACUGUCGAAAUGACAAAAGCAGCAUCUGCUAAGAGAAGCUAGCACUGAGCGCGCGCAAGAGUUCUCCGCUGAGGCUGAAUCAAAGCUGCUCAUCCAAACUCGGCCUCACGUGUGCACUUCUCAUCCUGCUACCAUUAUCGGAAGCAGCGUCUUCCAUAAUGUGGAAACCAACAAGGUAGUUUUUGCCUACCAGUGUGUAUCCGUAUCGGAGGCAGUGCCCUCCAUAUUUCACUGUAGGGGUGGAUGUUUAUAUUGUCGGGGGCAAUGUUUCCCAUAAUUUUUGUAUAUAUUCCGUAAAUUAGAUCAACAUCACAAUUCAUUGUCUCGCUCAAUUUCAGAUCUUUUUGAUGUGUCCUUAUGUGAGUCCUUUCUUCCUACGUCCUUUGUGCCUACAGUUUUCCCGAAACUGUUUUCACAAGCUGUUUUGGGAUUAAGGUGAGGCAUAUGAAUGGCUAAAUUGCACUCUGGGUUCCUGACGGCAGCCUUUGACCCCAUUACAAAUCAAAAUGUAUGUAGAUUUUUUUGUUGAUAUGUAUGUGGAAGUGAUGUGAUUCCCGCCCACCUGGCCCUUGAGGAAGACAAAUCGUUUUGGGUGCGUUUGUGUUAAAAAAAAAAAAGUCACAAGUGCCUUUUGCUUCAUGAAUGUAUUGCAAGUUCUAGUACCUGUGGGUUUCCAAGAGUGUAGGAUGUUGGUUUAUUCAUUUUUCCCCAUUUAUAUGUAUGUGUCUUUGACCACCCAUUCAAAGACACCUUCACAUCCGUUCUGAGCUAAAUCAAAGUUACAGUUUUACAGUUGCUAAUGUUGUUGGUGUUCAUCAUCAGAGAAGAACUGAAAUGAUUGUGCUUCACACACCCCAAAUUAAAGUAGAAAUUGUGGCAUUGUUUUAGCUGACUAACCUUAAAACGAUCCGCCGUUCAGUGCCUAAGGAUUGGCCAUUAGUUUAUGCGCUGAUUAAAUGGAUAAAAUGAUCAUUUGAAAAUCAAAAGAAUGUGUUUUGAAGAUAUACAUGUAUUUUUUUUCACAGUAGGCAACAUGUUUUCCAAAUGCAUGCAAAUUAGUGUCAUUUUUCAUUUCCGCUCUGCAAUAAACAAUCACAUCGCUCUUA